AUGAUGAAUUUCUUGGGCUUUAGCUUCGGUAAAAAAGGGAACAAGGCGUCCAAGCAUAAGUCUGUGACCUCCUCUACUUCGUCUUUACCAACAAAUAGUAAUGGAGCUCAUGGUCAUCCAAGCCAGCAAUACCAACAACAUCAGCAGCAAAAACCACUGUACUUAUCCAGCCCUCAGAUGAACAACAUGCUGGUGAGGGGAAACUUUAAAACGAUUACAGAAUUACCAAAGUAUGUCGAUAUCAAUGAGUGGUUGGCGUUCAAUACAUUCGAGUUUUUCAACCAUAUUAAUCUAUUCUAUGGAACAAUCACAAACUUUUGCACAUCACAAACAUGUCCAACCAUGUCUGCUGGUCCAGGCGUUGAAUAUACUUGGUCGGAUUCACUUUCGAAAAAAGCCAAAUUGCCAGCACCUCAAUAUAUAGAUUACAUGACGAGUAGCUUAGAAAACACACUGAAUGACGAAUCAAUAUUUCCAACCAAAGCAGGCCCUGACUUUCCACGCGAACUGCCGUCUGUUGUCAAAAAGAUGUUUGCGCAAAUGUUUAGACUGUUUGCUCAUAUUUAUCACGUUCAUUACGACAAAGUGCUGUGCCUGAACGAGGAACCUCAUUUCAACUCUUUAUUCGCUCAUUUUAUAUCGUUUGCACGGGAGUUUGAUUUGCUUGACAGAAAGGAGAUUCAGCCUUUGAGCGAACUGAUCGAUGUGAUGUUAAGGAAUGGUGUUAUUUGUUGA